UGGUGGUGGGAUGGCGGAAUUGCUCUCUUUUGCGGUUCCCACCGAGAGUGACAAAACCUUGCUGGUGUGGGAGCUGAAUUCUGGACCCACGGCCGAGGCCUUGCAUCAUUCUCUGUUCACAGUCUUCUCCCAGUUUGGCCUUCUGUAUUCAGUGCGAGUCUUCCCAAACGCUGCAGUGGCGCGUCCCGGUUUCUAUGCCAUCAUCAAGUUUUAUUCAGCAAAGGAUGCUUACAGAGCGCAAAAGGCAUGCGACCAGAAGCAGCUUUUUCAGAAUUCUCCAGUGAAGGUUCGUCUUGGCACCAAACAUAAGGCGGUUCAACAUCAGGCCCUUGCCCUAAACAGCUCCCAGUGCCAAGAAUUGGCAAAUUAUUACUUUGGUUUCAAUGGAUGGUCAAAAAGGAUCAUCAAGCUUCAGGAUCUUUCUGACCUUGAAGAAGGGGCGAAGGAAGAUACUGCAGCACCACUUCAGAAACAGAGGCUGAAAUUCUUCUGUGCUUUAGAGGUGGUGUUGCCAUCCUACGGGUGCCGGAGUCCCGGAGCUGGCAUGGCUGAGGAGCCUUUGGAUAACCUGGAGGAAGGGCCAUUAUCAUUUCUUACGAAAAGGAAGACCACCCAGAAGCUUGCUAUUCAGAGGGCUAUGUCAGACGCAUUCCAGAAACUGUUGAUCGUGGUUUUAGAAAGUGGUAAAAUAGCUGUGGAAUACAGACCCUAUGAAGAGAUCACAGAUGGCAGUAUCGAAGAUAAGCUACAGGAUUUAAUUCAAGUCAGCUACUUUUCUUGGAAGCAGUAUGGCCAGGGGGAGGAAGAAUGUCUCUCGGAUUUAAGCUUUGAAGAACAAGAGUUCAAAUUGCCAGAGCUGGACUAGCAUUUUUUAAUUUCCCAGGAUGCCAAGUCCCGUAGCUUCCUUGGGAGCUCAGCUCCACUCCCCCACCCAAUCAGCCCGCCAGAGUUGCUGGAGUCCGGGGACACCCAGAUCUGAGUCUAAAUCCUGCCUUGCUGUGAGCAGCCCCGGGGCGGGGGUGGUGGUGAACUUUACAGGGGGAAGGGAGUCCUGGGCCCUAGUGAUUCUGGAAAAAGCGCUCGAUCCGGUGGUGCGGAGCCCAUCUCCAAGGAGCUAAUAAAGGUGGCGUAAAUAAAGAUGUCAUAAAUAAAGGGUGGGACGUAGGCGGGGAAGGGGCGCGCAGUUGC